AUGUACUCCACCCGUUACCUUGACCCUACGGGUUCUCAUGUUGUCGCACGUGUGUGUGGCCUCGAAAUUGUACUACCCGGUUUCUCUCGCCGUAGCCUCGCCUUCGACCCUGUUUCUCCGUUGCCCUCUUCACCAUGUCAGUACCUCCACGCUCUAUUUUACACACACCCUAAAGCUGCCCUCUGGUUAGCUUACUUCUUGACCCACAAACGUACCUACGCGCACGCCUCAACCUGCCUGCCUCUGUCCCAGCGAGCGAACAUACAUACAAUGUUUAGACUCACAGUCAGCAGACAUGUUGUGCUACAGAAUGCGCCUUUCGUUUAUCAGUUUCGUCGACGCGGAUUCAUCAAAGUGGAUCGUGCGGGUGGACGCAACCGUGAAAAUGUGUUUGGAGAUCUCAUUCGAUGGUGGAUCCGCUUGAGGCCCUGGAAGGAGGAAGUGGCCACACUUAAACGACGUCUUCGACGUCACAAAGCCGGUUUCGAUCCUAACGUUCAUGGUCAGACGCGCUACCUGGUACGCUUUCCUCAACUCACUGAAUCUGACUUCAAGCUGUGGAGAGUCUGUACCGACGCCGACUUCGACGAGGGCUACUCCACCGCGGAGUUUGUGCGUUCGCCUCGCGGCGCCCUCGGUUCCACCGCUCCUGACCACGAAACCACCGACUUUGUUGCUCCGAUGACCUUCCGCGACGCGCAGGAUCCCCUUAGCCCUAAAGAAAAGGAUGCUCACCCCUUCUCCAUUACGUAUUCCGCCGACAGACCACAGCGUCUGCCGGACCCGGCCAGCCCAGAGUCUUACGUACGUUCGACGUUGUUUUCAUUGGAUCCGCCGCAGGAGUGCUUCAAUGCAGGCUAUGGCCUCUUUCGCGGCAAUAUCAGUACCCGCGUGCCGGAACGCGGCGACCUCGUGCGUUCGGGCUUCGCCCAUCUCCGCUCACCCGAGCACACUCAAUUCGGGUUCCUUAUGGAGUACAACUUCUAUCCCUACACUCACCUUGUCAUUCGCUAUCGUGGCGACGGUCGUACGUACCGGUUGAACAUCCACCCAAAGACGGAAUGGGAUGCCUUCUGGUUCGACAUGCACCAAUUUCCACUAUACACACGCGGUGGUCCCUACUGGUGCAUCUCAAAGUUGCCGCUCUCCGCCUUUUAUCUGAUCAAUCGGGGCACCGUGGUGGACCGGCAGCAACGCAUUUCCCCCUCGCGGGUGCGCAUGAUCUCCUUCACCCUCGCCGACCGCCUGCCCGGACCAUUUGCCCUGGAAAUUGACUAUAUCGCACUCUACUACGAUCGCUUCCACAAGGAGCGUUUCGCCUACGAGCAGUACGACGCCCCCGCUAUCGUUAAGUAG